UCUCCCCCAUCACGACACGAGCCUCUCGACUUGAAAAACGCACGCAAAAUAUUCUCUGUCUCUCUCGCUCUCCCUCGCUUAAAUUUCAAUUUUUUACGUUCGUUUUCGUGUUCAUUGGUGCGAGGGCGUGUUUGGUAGAUCAGUUUGGGGCGCCGGAGACUAUGCGAACAUGGUCGUAAAGGGUAGCUUCGGGUCGUCCAAGGAUGCUGAGCGAAGGAGAUGACGGUUCCCCAGCCAAAUGCCGCGAGAGGCGCCGCCGGAGGAUAGAGAUGCGGCGGCUCUCCACCGUCUCGGCCGCCGGGCCGUCGCCGCAGCCCGGUCCCUGCCCGGGGGGCGGCCGCGCCGGGGGAGCAGCCCCCGCGCCUCGGGAGCGAAGCGGAUCCGCGCGUCGGACGGGAGCUGCUGCCUCCUCCCUUCUUCCUCCUCGGCAUCGUCCGGCGACGAUGCGGAGGCGCCGCCGCCGCCGCCGCCGCAGCCGGCGGCCGUGGUUGCGGCGACGACGUCGGUUGAGUGUUACGGGGCGGUGUCGGUGUGCGGAAGGUCGCGCGAGAUGGAGGACGCGAUAUCCGUGUGGACGGGGCUCUGCCGGCCGGAGUUAAGCCGCUGGCGGCCGGUUCACUUCUUCGCCGUGUUCGAUGGCCACGGAGGGCAUCAUGUUUCAAGAUUAUGUAGGGAGAAGAUGCACGUGUUCUUGGAGGAGGAGUUGACGCGGGCGGGAGGGCAGCAGCAAGCUGAUGAAGACGAUGCGUGGAGGGAAGUGAUGCGGACGAGUUUCCGGAGGAUGGACGAGGUGGCGAUGAACACGUGCGCCUGCGGGAGCGUCGGGUCCCGGUGCGGUUGCCACCCCAUGGAGUUGGCGCUCGGAGGCUCGACCGCCGUGGCCGCCGUCCUGACCCCCGACCGGAUCGUCGUCGCCAACUGCGGGGACUCUCGCGCCGUCCUGUGCCGGGGCGGGAAGGUCGUUCCUCUCUCGCGCGAUCACAAGCCAGAUAGACCGGAUGAACUUGCAAGAAUUGAAGCUGCUGGAGGACGGGUAAUCUACGAGAAUGGAGCUAGAGUUGAAGGGAUUCUGGCUAUGUCCCGAGCCAUAGGAGAUAAAUACUUAAAGCCAGUCGUAACAUCAGAGCCCGAGAUAACUUUUACGGCGAGACAAGCAGAAGACGAUUGCUUGAUACUGGCGAGUGAUGGCUUGUGGGACGUCCUGUCGAGCGAGUUGGCCUGUGAAGUGGCCUUCGAAUGCCUUAGGGAAGGAAGUCCUCCAGCUAUGGACCUCAACUCUGGACCGGCGGCUGAAGACGACGGGAACCGUGCCUUGUUUCCUUCGCGUAGUGUGUUGGCUGCUUCUCUCCUUACUCGGCUCGCUCUGGGACGCAAGAGCUGGGAUAACAUCAGUGUCAUUGUGGUCGAUUUGAAGAAGAGCUGAGCAGAGAAGGUACAUCAUGUUAAUGCAGCAAACUGUACAGGUUUUUUUCCUAAUGAGAGCUUUGGGCAUCCCUCCAAUUCAUUUGGGAAAUAACUAAAAUGGCAUUGGAAUUGCAGAAUGAUUAGGUUGGCUCGGAGAUUGGAAUUUUGCAUUGUUGAUGUUCAAUUUUGAUUGGUUUGCAUCACGAUCAAGCGGAGGGAAAUAGUACCUGCAUCGAUUUUGGAGUGACUCUGACAAUGACCUGGGUUGAAUAAAUAGUUCAUUUAGCGCG